AUGCUAAGCUUGACUCCGGUUGAUGACAGUUUUGGCGGCCCCUCUGGCCAACUGUCUGACUAUGACUCCUCAUAUGCUGAGUCAGUUGUAUCCAAUGCAGACUCUGCUGCAACUACUUCUUCUCAGGACACCAUUAUUCUCAAAAGGCAGAAGACCACAGAACGUUGUGAGCCCUGGCCGAAACAGUUUCCCAUUCCACAGUUUGCAUAUGAAACUGAGAUGUACCUGGAAAGAGCCACUGAGGAGUAUAAAAAGAAUGGAAAUCUUCUGCCCACCUCCAAAGUAAAGACUGAUAUUCUUGAGAAGUUGGCUGAAACUAUAUUUACAUUUACGGCCCAUCCUUCAAGUGCACAGGUUAGUUAUGUUGCUGAGGCACUUGUGACAAAAUACCCUUGUCUCAAGGAACCUGGCUCUUUCUCAGGUUAUUAUGGUUGGCAACAAAGCAUCAAAUACAAGAUGGCCAAUUAUCGUACAAAACUUAGAGGGUUUGGUGUUCCUGAGUUGACAUGCAAUGCCAUGAAACACAAGAGUCCAGGUGACCAGAAGUCUGCAAAUAAAGUGAAAAAGCCUCGGAAAGCAGAGGUAAAUUACCUUCCGCCAUAUCCAGCAGGUGAAGAUGAGGACAGUCAAGAAGAAGAGAGAAUUCAGUUGCUUACUGAAGUCAAGAAAAGAGACAACAACAAAGUGAUAAAAGAAAAAAUGGCUAAAACAUUUGCACAUAGACGACAUGAAAUUGUCAACCUGUCCCCCAGCAUUGAAGACAUCAAAGCCAGAUGGCCAGCUUUGUUUGAGGCAUCUCAUCUGCAGGAUGAGUUCUACAGGAUCACCCUGGUACACCUUGAACCCAAAUUCAUGUCCAUGCUGGAUGAGUACACUCCCAAACUGUUAGCCCUUUUCCAUUCCAAGGGGGGAGCCAUGGGAUUGAAGUUGCAGGCUAUCAUAGCCAAGUCACCAAGCAAUCCUAGCAAUAACAUAACCAGAAAUCUGGUUAUUCAGUGCUUGAUGGAUGCUGAUGAGGAUGGUGGGUCACAAGAUCUUUCUGAACAGAGGAUGAAAAUCUACAAAAUCAAGGCUGUUGGAUCUGAGGAGGAUGACAUUGGCAUUGUGCUGGAGGGUGUGAGAGUUAUGCCUGCUCUGGACACCCUGGACCUGCCCUUGUUCCCUACAGCGAUCCUGGUGCGAGAGAGGAGGGAGAGACUGGUGAGAUACCAAGAGAGACUGAAGAGGAGUGAGAGUGUCCCCCUGCUUUUCCCUGUGGAUUCCCUGGAGCCCUGA